GGGUUAUUCUUUGCCACUGUUUCUCUCUUUUGCUUGGUCCUUCUCAGGGAUGUAGACUCAUCCCGAUUCCUCUCGCGUUUCCCCUCCUCUUAUUCUCUUUCUUCCUUUCCGAUCAUUAUACCGUCGGCUUAUGAUUUCUAUGCCGUGAGUUCCUUUGCUUCAUGCUCUUCUUCUUUUGAGUUACUGUGGAAUUUAAUCAUUUGUUUUUAUUACCGUGAAUGUAGCUGCGCCAGCUGUUGUUUUAAUCCCGUUUUGAUUGCAAUUUUUACUCUUAUACAUUUUGGCAUUUCGGUUAAUUCUGAAGAUUGCCAUUUAUCAACUGUAUUGAACUGUUCUGUUCCGCUUUCAGAUUGAGGGGCUUGAAAGUUUAGUUAAACUCCUAAAGGUUGAACUCCGUUCUAAACCACUUAAAAGUCGUGAAAAUCACACACUUUUUGGCUAAACUUUGCAUUAUCAGCUUUGCGUGUCUGAUAUUUUCGUGGAUAUUUUCGUUUGCCCAUGUUCCCAAACAAAGAGUUUGAUUUUUUUGAAUUCUCAAAAGAGUGAAUAACUACGCUAGUCAGUGAUGUUUUCUGUUUUUCUCUUUUUCCCCCCGGAUACCAGAUAACAUUCAGCUUUUAAAUGACAUAGCUGCUUCAAUAUUCCAAGAUUAACGGGUGUUCAUGAUUUAGAUCAUUUCUUAUAUUGCGAUAACAAAUAGCAUUUGAGUGUUAUGCGAUGUUUUAUUAGAAUCAGGUUGCCAAUGAAAUAUAAAGACCGCAAUAUGAAAUGUCAUAGCUGCGCCAAAUCAAAAAGGUUGAUGACAAUUAGAGGGAGGCGGGUAUUUUUGUACUUCUUUGUGUUGCUUGCUUGUUGAGUAGUCAAACGAGGGAGGAAGCUCUAUAACAAUAUUUAAAAUGGUUCUGGAUGUGCUUUGACAAUUAAAUAUGGAUAUGCUCUAGGUUUUUACUGCGUCCUGGGAUCAGCUCUUGUCAAGGUUAGCAAUGAAUAUCCACUUGAAAAGAUUUUGAAUGAGGCUGCUAUGCAAGACAAAACUGUCAUCUUAACCACUUUAAACGAAGCAUGGGCAGCACAAAAUUCAGUAAUUGAUCUUUUCCUUGAGAGCUUUAGAAUUGGUGAUCACACCCGUUGGCUUUUGAACCAUUUAGUGAUUAUCGCAUUGGAUCACAAGGCAUUUGUACGCUGUCAGGCUAUACAUACCUAUUGCUACUCUCUUGUUAGUGAAGGAGCUGAUUUUCAUGAAGAGGCAUACUUUAUGACUCCUCGCUACUUGGACAUGAUGUGGAGAAGGAUUGAUUUCCUACGUUCUGUUCUUGAGAUGGGAUACAGUUUUGUAUUCACUGAUGCUGAUAUCAUGUGGUUCAGAGACCCAUUUCCACGCUUCCAUCUAGAUGCAGAUUUUCAGAUAGCAUGUGACCAUUACACAGGUAGCUCGGAUAAUGUAAAUAACAGACCCAAUGGAGGGUUCAACUUUGUAAAAUCCAAUAAUAGGUCGAUAGAGUUUUACAAAUUCUGGUACUCUUCGCGGGAAACCUAUCCUGGAUACCAUGAUCAGGAUGUACUAAAUUUUAUCAAGGUUCAUCCUUUCAUCACUGAUAUAGGACUGAAGAUUAGAUUCUUGGAUACAGCCAAUUUUGGUGGACUUUGUGAACCGAGCAAAGAUUUAAAUGAAGUUUGUACAAUGCAUGCCAAUUGCUGCUUUGGUAUGGUUAGCAAGCUUCAUGAUCUUCGAAUUAUGCUUCAGGAUUGGAAACAUUAUUUGUCCCUGCCUCCAAGCUUGAAGAGACUGUCAAUUAUCUCGUGGAGGGUUCCACAUAAGUGCAGCCUUGAUUCUUUCCAUUAUCAUGGUUCACCACAAAAAAGUGUUCAAGAGGAGUAGAAGAUUAUAUUCUUUAUGUCACCUGUCUCACUCAUCAAUGUGGAUAUUGAAACGCUCAAGUAAGGAGAGGUAUAUGUUUGACCAGGCUUAAACUAUGGGGAUUUGACUAGUUGCUGAAGAUGGGUUUCUCAGACAUAGGUUUGAAGGGGAAAGCUUUGUUUAUUAGAAUUAUCAUUCCAGGCAAAGUUGAAUUAGGCAUUAUGAAAGAUAUAGUAUAUUUAUUCAAAAGAGUAAGCGUCAACCUCGCGAUUUUUUCGUGCGUUGUACGAGUUUGUCCGGCCAAUAAGGUGUCUUCUCGUUUAUUUUUGCCCAAAUCCCUCAAUCCAGCGUGUCAUUUUCCCUCUACUAUGAAGAGUAGAACUGAUAAAAAAUCUUGGUAGUUUCUUUGCUGUCAUGAAUUGAUGAUAAUUAGGUGGGACUGGACAAAUGAUUUUGUUUUUUUUUUUUUUUGGGCUAGUGUUGAAUCUAUUCUUUCAAGCCUUUCCCUUCGAUUUAUUUUCAGUGCUUUGUAACUUUUGAAACUGUACUAAUUUAGCUGUUAGUGAGUAAAAGUUGGUCAUGCUUUUCGCCGCCUGCUUAAUGCUGGCAAGAUUGAAAUGUAUUUAGUUCGGAAAAUCAUUGAGUACAAAUCAUUCGUUGGGGAGCUUUCAUGUUA